AUGGUGAGCAGUACCCCACUGACAUUUAUUUCUUCCUUUAGGACUCCCCAACAAUCGCUUCACAGUUUGGAAUCUUAUGGCAGCCUCUUCAUUAUUAGCCAGGUUUUUGAGCGAAAGCCAGUACACAUUGCCAAAAGAAAUGAAAGUCCAGAUUAUUUUAAAACAGUAAUGAGUUGUAAGCAUUUUGAUAACAUGAUGAGAGAAAAUUUCUUAGAGUAUUCAAAGCAUAUUGAUGUUGUCAUUUAUACUGAUGGUGUGCGCAAAACAUUUAAUCCUGAAGGUCGAGCAUAUCCAUCUAGUGUAUGGAAAUUUUACCGGGAAGGAUGUUCUGUCAGAAUGCAAAAUCCUCAGUCAUAUCAUGACAAUCUAUGGAAACUUUGUUCUAAUCUCCAAGAAUAUUUUGGCAGUUACGUUGGUGCAAAUUUAUACCUGACACCACCUGGAUCACAAGGUUUUGCACCUCAUUAUGAUGACAUUGAUGCUUUUAUUCUACAGCUGGAAGGAAGAAAAUUAUGGAAAAUCUAUCCUCCUAGAACUAAUAAAGAAGUUCUCCCACGAACCUCAAGUGUCAAUUUUACACAAGAUGAAAUUGGUACUCCUAUCAUGGAAUGUGAAUUACUUCCUGGUGAUUUGCUGUAUUUCCCACGUGGUUUCAUACAUCAAGCCAGAACUGCAGAUGAUGUGCAUUCUUUACAUGUAACAAUUUCUACAAACCAAAAGAAUACAUUUGGCGACCUUCUUGAGUUGGCGCUUCCCAGAGCUUUGGAGCAAGCUAUUAAAGAAGAUCCUGAAUUUCGUGAAUCGUUACCAAAGGACUACAUGAAUCUUGUCGGCACUACUAAUUCUAAUAUCGAAUCACCAGAAAGAAAUAAAUUCUUAGAGAAAGUUAUUUCCUUAUCAAGUAAAAUUUUAAAGUAUUUAUCAGUAGAUGAAGCUGCAGAUCAACAUGCUAAAGACUUUAUUCAUGCGUCAAUGCCUCCGCAUUUAACAUUAAGAGAAAAGUCUCGCAGUAUUUACGGACAUGGUGAAGAAUGGGAAAAUGGAAGAAUUGUAAAUGUUACUGAGCUUAGCCCAGAUUCCAAAAUUCGAUUAAUAAGAAAAAGAGCUGCUAGGUUGGUGGCAGGAAGACAAGCAUCUGCGAAUAUACCAUAGUAUGGAGAAUAGCAAAGUCCAUAAGGAAUAUGAAGCUAAGUAUUUUGACGUAGAAGCAGAAUUUGUGAAUGCCAUUGAUAUGCUGUUCCAUGCAUAUCCUGAAUAUAUAUUCAUAGAUGAUCUGCCAUUAAAUUCUUUAGAAGAAAAGGUAAAUACUUUGAAAACUGAUAUAU